UCCUGAAAAGAAGAAAGAGCGAGCUCGCGAGCGCCACGCCGCUCUCCUGGGCGCGUUGGCGCGCUGCUCGGCGCGGGGGUGUGUCGACGCGUCGCGAUUGGCCGGCAAGCGAGCCGCAGCUGGGCCAAUGAUGCGAGCAGCUUCCCCACCGCGGCGCCGGCCGUGCGAACGGGAAAAGGUGGCGCGUCGCGGCCGCGAAAGAGAAAAACAUCUCCGGCGCGGUCGCGAGGGCCUGGCGCAGCCGCGUGCUCGCCGCCAACGUCAGUUUAGUGUCGGCUCGGAGCUGAGAACGGUGUGGUAUAGGCGCGCCGCUGCUCUCCGCGAGCGCGUUUCUCAUUUGAGCGGUCGUUCGAGCAUCGAUUCGUCUGGAGUAAGCGAGGUGAUGACCUCGCAGUGGUGUUGUUAGAGUGCGACUGUCGUGCGUUGGAGAAGAGAGAAAAAAUAAAGAACAGAAAGAAGAGGAAGAAGAAGAAGAAGAAGAGGAAGAGGAAGAGGAAGAAAAGGAAGAAGAAGAAAAGGGCUGGCAGCAGGACUCGCCGCAAGAUGCACACGUUGUUCGGCGAGCAAAACGCCUACUACAGACACACGAGCGCAGUGCCGAUGGGCAUGGGUACGCCGACGUAUCCGAGUGUCGGCGCGGCGCCCGGCUACUACGAGGCGCAAUUCCGCUACGGUGGCUACGCCACGGCGGCCGGCUACCCGGUGACGGGGAUCAGCCAGCAACACAUACAUCACCCCGGCAAAGACAUGGUGAAGCCGCCGUACUCUUACAUCGCGCUGAUCACGAUGGCGAUACAGAACGCGCCCGACAAAAAGAUCACGCUGAACGGCAUCUAUCAGUUCAUCAUGGAAAGAUUUCCGUACUAUCGCGAGAAUAAGCAGGGCUGGCAGAAUUCGAUCAGGCACAACUUGAGCUUGAACGAGUGCUUUGUGAAAGUGCCGAGGGACGAUAAGAAGCCAGGUAAGGGUAGUUACUGGUCGCUCGAUCCCGAUAGUUACAACAUGUUCGACAAUGGCUCUUAUCUGCGACGUAGGCGGCGCUUCAAGAAGCAAGACGCCCUGAAGGAGAAAGAAGAGGCGAUGAAGCGCCAGGGCUUGAUCCCCGCCCAGAAAUCGUCGCGCGUCGACGUCGACGUCAAGUCGUCGCAGCACCUGGCCAACAGCAACGACAUCGCCGGUAAGAAAUUGCACCUGGAGCAGCAGAGCUCGCUGUGCAAGCCCAAGCGCGAGCCCAUGAACGACCCGGCGGCGCACUGCAUGGUCGCCGGCAGCAAGUACAGCCCGCUGCACGCGGACAAGACGGCGCCGAGCAACGGCGGCGUGAUUCAGGCCUCCCUGCAGCCGCCGAUGCAAGACAUGGCGGCGCUCGACCCGGCCGCCUUCAGCGUCGACGCGCUCAUGACGAGCAACCGCGAGCAGCCGAACAACGCUCACUUGAUGGGCAGCCAGCCGCCGCCGCCGCCCCCGCCGCCGCCGCAACAGCACCAUCAGCAGCAUCAGCAUUCGAUUCAGCAGCACGGCAUUAUGACCACGAGGACCGAGCCGGCGAUAGGCAGCGUCGCCGUCGGCAACACAACGGCCGUCAGUACUUCCACCACCGCUGCCGUCGCUGCCAUGAUGGCCUCUACCGGUUACGGUCACGUUACUACCAGCAGCAUCGCCAGGACCAAUUCUUCGCCUACUUCCAAUAUGUAUCCAGCUUAUUGCCCGUCGGGCUACAUUAUGGAUCACACCGAAUAUAAUACGACCGCGAGGACGCAUAACAAUGUUGGACAUGCACAGUGGUAUCAAGAGGCAGCUAGUCCUGAUACUGCCGCUAUGUAUCAGGACACGCAGUCGCCGAGUUGCCAGUUGUACAGGUCGAGUCCACCGACGCCUCUGUCGUCGGGCGCAGCGCCGUCGCCGCCACUGUACCACCGCUACUAUCAAGACUGCAACGCGGUGAACACGAGCGGCAAUUUGCCGAUAACGCUGCACAAAUACUGAGAAUACCGAAAUUCAAGGUCUCAGCAUCAGCAGCAGCGAGACCUUGAACAACAGCAGCAGCAGCAACAGCAGCAACAGCAGCAGCAGCAGCAGCAGCAGCAGCAGCAGCAACAGACUGUUGUCGCGGCGACGAGCUACGAUCCGAAUCUC